AUGAAUUCUGUCAACGAGGUCACUCACAAGCUGGAGCAUUAUGAUACCACCAUUCAACACACCCAAAAAGAAGCCAAGCAGUCAAGUAUUACAUCACGAGAAGACUCAAAUAAGAACAUGAAGUCCUGUAAGACUUUUGCGGCUGAAGAAACAUAUUCUACAGUAUCAAAAGCACAAAGAUCAUCUACAAACUCUGAAGCCGUCAAUUCGUUACACUUCGACAAAUUACCGGCAGAGGUUCAAUGCAUGAUAAUUGAAGAAUGUAUCCCGGAACGCAAUUAUGUUCGUCUAUUCUCAGUCUGCCUGGAUGUUAAUAAUGAAAUACUACUUAAAGAGGAGCUUGACAUAAAACAUACAUCGCUUUUGUUUGUCUCAAGGUCAAUUCGUAGAAUUUAUCUACACCAUCUGCCAGUCGUGCUGCCAUCUCUCGACAAGAAAAUUCCAGUAUGUAUUCACCAAGAUACGACUGUCAUUCUCAGAAUGGAAGAGCCAGAUUAUGGUAACAUUAGGAUAUGCGACAAAGGGAAGAUUCCAGCGUGUUUCAGUGAGAUUCGGUACCUUGCUGUCCCUCUAAACUUAUUCUCUUUUUUUAACAUUACAGCUGAUGAGCGUAGUCGCGGUGAAAGAAUACAUGAGCUUGCAGUAGCUCAUAACAUUAGUUUCUUGAGCAGACUGAUCUUUGCCUGUUCUAACUUGCGUUCUUUGGCCGCUGUUUAUCAUAAUACAGCAGAGAAAAGGCAUCUCAGAGGACUGAAUCAUCCGGGCACUCUAGUCGUUCCAAAGGUAUUCUCCUCUUUACUCAGAUGGAACCUCGAAUCUCUUUCCAAUUUUCUCAACUUGCAACGAGCGAUGACCGGCUAUCGGGGCAAAGAAUUAGCAUGCCAUGUUAUGGUUUUUACCUUGGGUAGCAGUGUCAUUAAGGUUUUAAACAUUCCUCAGAAUGAAAUUGAUACUAUGGUAUAUCUUCGGGUUAGCAAGAAAAAUGCCACCAAGCUUGCCUACCUCGACAUAGAGUCUUUCGUCGACAAAUACUGUUACUCAUCACCUCAUUCAGAUGAAAUUCCGGAAAAUCUUCUUAGUGAGAGGGGUCGAGCUGUAUUUCGAGCCGUUUUCCACAGAUUAGUUACUCGGUGGAUGAAUAUAUACUUCAAUUCCACGAAUAUCGAGGAUGCCAAACAUGGCAGAGAGAUUCUAAAGCUUAUGGAAGAUGCAUAUGAGCAGCACAAGAGAUCCAAUCUAGGUGAAGUGAGUCUAUUCAACCAUUGA